AUGAAGAUCGAAGAGGUAAAAAGCACCACGAAAACUCAGCGGAUCGCCACUCACAGUCAUGUCAAAGGACUCGGGCUAGACGAGGCCGGGAAUGCUAAACAGUCAGCAUGUGGUCUAGUCGGCCAGGAGGCUGCAAGAGAGGCUUGUGGCAUCAUAGUCGAUUUGAUCCGAUCAAAGAAGAUGGCAGGAAGGGCGGUGUUACUGGCAGGGCCACCCGGUACAGGAAAAACUGCUCUCGCCUUGGCUGUAGCACAGGAGUUGGGAAACAAGGUGCCUUUCUGCCCCAUGGUUGGCAGUGAGGUCUACUCUAAUGAGAUAAAAAAAACAGAAGUAUUGAUGGAGAAUUUCAGGAGGGCCAUUGGACUGCGUAUCAAAGAAACAAAGGAGGUGUAUGAAGGGGAGGUGACGGAGCUGACCCCCUGUGAGACCGAGAAUCCCAUGGGUGGCUAUGGAAAAACCAUCAGCCACGUCAUCAUCGGUCUAAAGACGGGCAAAGGCACGAAGCAGCUCAAGCUGGACCCCAGUAUUUACGAGAGUCUUCAGAAAGAGCGUGUGGAACAGGGAGAUGUCAUCUACAUUGAAGCCAACAGUGGAGCAGUCAAGAGACAAGGUCGCUGUGACACUUUUGCUACAGAGUUCGACCUGGAGGCUGAGGAGUAUGUGCCGCUGCCCAAAGGUGAUGUCCACAAAAAGAAGGAGAUAGUUCAAGAUGUCACACUGCAUGACCUGGAUGUUGCAAAUGCCAGACCCCAGGGAGGCCAGGACAUUCUCUCCAUGAUGGGACAACUGAUGAAGCCCAAAAAGACAGAAAUCACAGAUAAGCUGCGUGCUGAGAUCAACAAGGUGGUGAACCGCUACAUUGACCAAGGCGUAGCUGAGCUCGUACCCGGAGUGCUGUUUGUGGACGAGGUGCACAUGCUGGACAUCGAAUGUUUCACUUACCUCCAUAAAGCGCUCGAGAGCACCAUCGCCCCCAUCGUUGUGUUCGCCUCUAACAGAGGAAACUGUUUAGUUAGGGGGACUGAUGACAUUAGCUCUCCACACGGGAUUCCUCUGGACCUGCUGGACAGAGUCAUGAUAAUCCGCACCAUGUUGUACACGUCACAGGAGAUGAAGCAGAUCAUCAAGAUCCGCGCUCAGACUGAGGGGAUCAAUGUCAGCGAGGAAGCUCUUACGCACCUGGCAGAGAUCGGCACCAAGACCACCCUCCGGUAUGCUGUACAGCUGCUGACUCCGGCCAGCCUGCUGGGCCGUGUUCAGGGAAAAGAGAACGUGGAGAGGGAGCAGGUAGAGGAAAUCAACGAGCUGUUCUACGACGCAAAGUCCUCCGCCAAAAUCCUCCAAGAUCAACAUCAUAAAUUUAUGAAAUAAAACAAAAGAUUUCCAUCUUUUUCUUUUAUAAUUUGCAGGACUGGUGUUCAGCCAGCUGUUGCAUGGUUCACUUACCCGUCAUACCAUAGCUCAUUCUAGUGUCCCUGCCUCAUUUACUUUAGUAGUUUUGUUCUAAUAAAGUUUUAUUCAUUCUGUUUGUUGAUGAAAGUAAUUUUUUGAAUAAAAAGCAAAAAAACAAA